CAGUUAUUCGGAAUCGGAGGCUCAGUUCGCCAAGAAACCCACGACAGGGAGGUGCGCCACUAUCCCGACCAGGCGCGUGUGUCAGAUCACAGUACGAAGUAUAGUAAACGUCAGCAACGCGACAGUGCCGAGCGGCCGUCAGGUUAGGAUUUCCGGUCAGUGCGUUCGUGCGAUAGUGUUGUGGUGAUUCGAGAGGGGUGCGACCACACAAGUUCUUCCAAAUGCUGGUCCAGCGGAACGGCGCCGUCCUUAACCUGCUUCAUGUUCAUGUUCCGAAGCAAGCGAAACAUUCUGAGUAAGCGGUUGUUGGAGGCGCAUCGCAGACGGGCUCAGCAACAGGGGAGCGAUGAGCGCGUAGACGUGGGACCGCUCCUGAAGCGCCUCCAGGAAAAUCAGCUGCAGAUGCUCCUGAGCGCCGUGUCGACUCGCGGUCAAGAUUCCUCGAAUUGCGUGCUGUUACCGCGCGAGCAGCGACCGCACGUGCUGUUCUGUCAGGCCUGGAGGUGGCCGGAUCUGAGGCAGUCCUCGGAGCUGAGGAGGUUGCCGGUCUGUAAGUCCGCCGCGGAUCCCGUGUAUAUUUGUUGUAACCCUUACCAUUGGAGCAGGAUAUGUCAACCUGAUUAUCCUCCACCACCUUACUCAGUCUGUGCCAUGGAUACCCUUAAACCUGAAGAUAGAGCACCUAGUGAAGCACCUUUAGUUUGUAGAAAUUCAACUCCAGGCUCACUUACCACAAGUGGAGAAGGGUCAAUGAUUAACUCGUCUUGGUGUAAGUUAGCUUAUUGGGAGAUGGGGCAAAGAGUUGGGCCUCUCUACCCAGUGGAGCAACCGGCUGUGAACGUAUUUGGUCAAGUGCCCUAUGGAGACGGCUUAUCGUUAGAAACGCUAGCAAGGCACAGUUUUAGCCCACCUGACUCGGUUACCCGAACUAGAGAUAAAAUAGGUUUAGGAGUAACAAUAUCUCAUGAAGGAGACUCGGUCUGGGUCUACAACCGGUCAGACUCCCCCAUCUUCGUGAACUCCCUGAGUCUCGACGAGGUGGACUCUGCCUCCCCCACACGUGUACCUGCUGACUACUGUUUGUGCAUAUUCGACCCCGUCAGGGCCUCCCGCAAUAACAACGACUGGUCCUUCAGGAGGACUCAAAAUUUCGGACCGAUCGAUAAGAACUCGAUAAGGCUCAGCUUCGUCAAAGGCUGGGGACCUAGGUACUCCAGGCAAGAGAUAACGUCUUGCCCCUGUUGGUUAGAAAUAUUGCUGUCGCCGUGCAGGUGAUCCAAGCAAAAGGCCCGUUUUAGAGCCAGAUUUGGACCUGAGUGAUUGUUUUUUCGUUCGUUGGAAAUGUUGUUGGGGUCUACACCAUUCCAGAGAUUGUAUUUAGGACGUUUAUAGUGUACCUUACUGUUGGAAACGACUCUUGUGAUCUUAUUGUUGAACCGUUUGCCAGGUGCUAGCAGCUUUGAGUAUGAUUUGUACUGUUUUUUAUGUAUAUAGGUGUGCAUGGUUGUUCAUCGCACCUAUUACUGUAUUUUAACGUUUGUUUUAACAUUUAACUUAUUCUUCUUAAUUUUAUCUACUUGAUGUUAUCGUCUCUGAGAAGUCCAGAAUUGGUAAUAACAAUACCAAAUAUUUCAAUUUCGGUGACAUUUAUUGGUAUCUUUCCUGUAUUGGAUGAAAUAUAGUAUAAAAUCAAAAAAGAACUUCAUAAAAGGAUGAAAAAAUACUAGCAAAUGACACUGAAAAAUGUUGAAAUUCUCUUCUAAUGUUAAUAAUUAUUUUUUUACUUCGGAUUUUUUAAUGAAUAAACCCUCAACAUCAGCAUUAUAACAUAUAGUAGGUAAUAAUUAAGAUAAAAGUUGCAAAGUUCGUACUAUAAAGCCAGUGAAAAUAUGUUUUUUAAAGUUAUCUUUUAUAAACCCGCAUUGUUAUGAUUUAUGAACUUGGAAGUUUAUUUGUAUAUUGAACCUAUUUAUUUUGAUCCUCAAAGCUGUUGGUCGACCUUUCAGCAACUAACUGCAAUUAAAAUGUACCAAUACAGAAUGUUAUGUCAGCAGUAUUAAGACUGUGAAAUUGGUCAGGAAAGCUAUGUUAUACGAGAUGGUUAUAAAAAAUUCAAUGAAGGCUGAGUUUUGUAAUAUAAAUAGAAGGAACGGUGCUGAUUUUUGUUCCGUCCGUCUUGUUACUUUUUUACAGAUUAACCGUUUCUAUUAUAUUAUCGAACGAAAUUUUCCGAACCGUGGCAGAAAAUACUUGGGAUUCGCUCGCGUAAUUUUGGCGGUCGAAGUUGUGCCCUUGGCGCGCCCACCAAAAAAUAUCAAUUUUAUAAUUUGAGCUGUUGAUUCAAUUUAUUUUCUGUACACCAGUAAAUAGUCCAGUAGUUUUGAGCCAGUUCGAACUGAGCGAUGAUGACAGUUCCUCACAAAUUGCCUUAACGCGCGAUUCGGAAGAUUUAGUCAGAGUUUAAGGAUAUAACUCCUGUAUGGAGAAAACUGAUGUAAUUUUUUUAAAUUUAAGUGAAAGACAUUAACAAAUUCGAGUAAAAGUGUAGUUGCAAGAUGAACGACUAAAAUAUUCAACCACUACUUGCCUUUUCCCAUUUGAAUUCGCUUGAACUUUGUAAUAAUCGAAGUAGAGCAAAUUACAUUGAUAGGUACUAUAUAAGCUCGGGAUUUUUCUCGAGAACCGGCGUCAGUUUCUUGUUUUGUAAUUUUUAACUUCUAGUCUUGUACAGUUUAUUGUUCGUCCUGAACAAAUCAUCGAAUGGCUCGUGUCAAAAUGAGUGCCUCAAUUUGUUGAAGCAAUAAUUCAAAUUAAUUUAAAAAAUUGAAUCUCGUAUGGAAUAUUUAUAGACAGAGAUAAGACCGAAACUUUAGGUACGUAGUAUGGGAAUAUUUUGAACUGCCAUAAAAGCAUUCGAGAAACUGAUGUCGUCAUAUACGAGAAUUUUGAAAUUGUAAAAUUUUGUAUAUUUUUGCAAGUAGAAAAAUAAAAGUAUAAACUUUUGACAGAUGUACAGAAAUAAAUCUUUUCAGUAUCGAAGACACAGGAUAUUUGAUGGUUAUAGAUUUCGCUUGAGUCGACAUUUGAAAGUUCAAUUUUUUAUUUUUUGGCAUAAUCGGACCUUCCUAUGUGUUCUGAAUAAUCAAAAAUCUUGUGUUUCGCCUUUUAUAAACAUUCUUUCGACUAAAAUGUAAUAUAUUAAGGCGAUUUCGGUUUUAAGUUAUGAAAUUAUCUGGUGCUGUGAGAUUUCCAAUUUUUCUAAAUAUUUUCAUUGUGUCAUUGAGAAUUUUCCCCCUAACAUAUUAAAAGAAUCAGUUUGUGCCUGUUGGUGACAUUGAUCGAUUCCUGUUUAUGAUCUAAAUUCCAAAUUUCAGUGAUGGGAUGAAUUUUCGAAAAAUUGGAAGAAUCUCAUUGUUUGGGACCACAUAUGGAACUAUGUAUGAUAAAAAGAAGCAUUUUUAUUUUGUAAGAAAAUCCAUAUGUUUCAGUCAGAUCGUUAUCUUUGCUUCAUUUUUAUGAAGAAAUAUGUAAUCAUUCAAGUUCAUCAUGUAAUAUUUAUCGAUUAUAAUUUAUUAUCAGUUAUGUUAUUUCUGGAGCUUUCAAGAUGGCUAAGACCAAAGACUGUGCCUUUUUAUUGAGAGUAAAUUAAUGCCAAUUA